GUCGGUGGCUGCUCAGUCUACCAAAGUCAGGCUAGCUUGCUGAAGCUCUGCGUAAUCCAUCGCAUUCUUUUGUGAAUUGACAUUCCCGUCGGCUGUCGAAUUUCAACACAAUAUUGAAGAAGGAUUUGCCAGCUUCCUAACUAAUUAGGCUGGUUGCUCCCGUCGUUUUGUUUCUUCGGUGAUAUCGACGCACGAUCGUCGAUAACUUCACGGCUCCGCCAUGUAUAACAUUUUGGCUGGAUUGAAGGAAUACUUUCGACGCCAGGAAAUAGUAACGGAUAAUGUAGUCUUUCGACUUCAUUAUAUUUUCACUACCGUGCUUCUCAUUGCCUUUUCGCUGCUAGUGACGGCAACUCAAUAUGUCGGCAAUCCGAUUCAGUGCAUCAAUGAUAACGAUAUUCCCAUCCAUGUCAUCAAUACCUACUGUUGGAUUUCCACCACUUUUACCAUCCCGACCUCUUUCAUGAGAUCGGUUGGAAGCGAAGUCCCUCAUCCAGGUAUUGGUGCUGGAUUGUACGAGAGCAAAGAUCAAAAGCACUACGCUUACUACCAGUGGGUGUGUUUCAUCUUGUUUUUCCAGGCCAUUUUAUGUUACGUCCCUAGAUGGCUCUGGAGUGCUUGGGAAGGUGGCCUCAUGCAAACCAUUGUCCUGGGUCUGAACUGUGGUUUGAAGACGGUCGAAGAGCGUACGGUCAAGAAGAAGAUUUUGAUCGACUAUCUCUUGGUACACAUCAAACAGCACAACAUGUACGCGAUUCGCUACUGGUUUUGCGAGGUCCUCUGCCUUGUCAAUAUCAUUGGCCAACUCUACCUGAUGAACCGCUUUACUGGCGGCGAAUUUUUCUCAUAUGGUUUUAAAGUGUUGACGUUCGCCAAUGCUGAUCAAGAAGAACGGUUCGACCCGAUGGUUUAUGUCUUCCCUCGCGUUACCAAGUGCACGUUCCAUAAAUUUGGUUCGUCCGGUACUAUAAGCCGACACGAUUCCAUGUGCGUCCUAUCGCAAAACAUCAUUAACGAAAAGACGUACAUCUUUUUGUGGUUUUGGUUCAUCAUCAUGGCCACUCUUCUCUCCAUGUUGAUCGUCUACAGAGCCAUUCUGUUGGCCGUUCCUCGUAUUAGACCAAUGAUACUCCAUGCUCGCAACCGCUUUGUUCCCAAUGAUGUUAUCAAUGCAAUCUCCAACAAACUGGAGGUUGGUGAUUGGUGGAUUUUGUACAUGCUGGGACGUAAUCUUGAACCACUAGUCUACAAAGAAGUGGUUUCUGAGCUGUCGAAGAGGAUUGAAACGAAUGAAAGCAACAAUGCGUGACUAGCACGCCCCGACUCAACCACAUCCACUAAUACGGGGCCUUACGAAGAUCUGCGUGCCGCUGUGGCAGAGGCUUCUGAAGAUACAUUGGUUUAGUCGGGCCUUGGACGCUUGCAACACUGACCAUUCAAAUUCUAUUUCAUAUCAUUACUAUGAAGGCUUAUAAAAACAAUAUUGAUCCAUGUAGAGAAAAUGUCCGGGACGAAUGUUUAUCAGGUUCGAAAACUAAUGAGAAAGUGACCGGGAUAUCUGAUCUGAUCUUCUUUUUGAAACUCCAUAACGCGAUGAGUGCAUAUAGCGUUUAAAGUGGGUUGAAUUCUUCCAAUUGACGAUAUUUUUAUAAGCUGCAUUCAAUUUUCUCAAUUUUUUAGUUUUUGUGUGAACUAUCUUUUUUUUUUCAACAUUUUCUUUUUCGAAUCAUCGUUGACUGAAAUCUUUGGGAUUAGUUCUUUAUAUCAUCGAUCUUUAUUGCAUUAUUGGUGGGCGGAUGUGUCCUGCGUUCAUAUUUGUUUAGAAGAGGAUGCAAUAAAUCGGCUUUUUCCUAAUAA